AUGACCACCUCUGCUAGGAAGCAUCCCAAAGACCAAGUCUUAAAAGGCAGCAUCAAUGAUAUUGAAGCAGAAGUACACUUCCUAUCUCGUGAUCCUCUGUACCGCGAGGUAAAGCCAUAUAGCAUGCGCUUCAAACCGAUUGGAGAAGUGAAACAGACAAACUUGCUGCCAGAAAAGCAUUCUAUCAAGAUUCGCAGUAUACGGGAGCCGAAUUUAAACCUUACUUUCGACAAGUGCGGGUUUGAUGUCAUACCACUUCAGUCAAACAUGGCAUACGAAGACUUUCGGGAUGUGCAGAAGAUUGCAGAAAUAUAUGCACCUGAAAUUAGAGCUGCGGUGAAAGCUAGAUUGAAAGCUCAGCAUGUUUUUGUAAUGGACUACGCGGUACGACGGCGUCAUCCAGAUUACCCAGUCUCAACGGGAGAGAACUACGAAGCCGAGCAGCCUACUUCCAUCGUUCACAUCGACUUCACCCAGGAAGAAGCUUCAAGGAUGUUACAAAAGCUGUACGGGAAUCGAGCCCACGAAGUCUUGAGCUACCAUUGGCAAGUCGUGAAUGUGUGGAAACCUCUCAAAGGACCUGUUCGCGAUUGGCCUUUGGCUGUCUGUGAUGCUGAGUCCUUCAACUUUGAGAAGGAUGGUGAGCCCGGGGACAUUGUUUACAAAGACUGGGUCACCGAGAAUGUUCAAGUCAAUUACGCCUCAACACAACGAUGGUACUGGCUACCUGAACAAACAGUAUCGGAGCUUAUUAUUUUCAAGAGUGCUGACUCAGAUGAUACUGCGUGUCAGGCAUGUCCGCAUACCUCAUUCUUCAACUCGAGGGCUUCAACUGCCGACCCGCCACGGGAGAGCAUUGAUUGUCGGACUUUUGUGUUGUAUGCUGAUUCAGUGCCACCAGAGGUGGGAAGUUUGUAUGGUAAUAAAAAUUGA